GCAUUGUAAACCAUGAAUUCCCUAGAAAAGAUGAAUCCUUUAGACAAGAUACAAGUUCUUGAUGAUAUUGAGAAAGAGAUUAUUUUAUGUUUGCAAAGUGCAGGUCAGGCACUACAAGAACUGAGCAAAGAAAAAUCUUCGCAAAAAAGCGCAGAGACUCAGACGGCUCAGUUUCUAAAAUCACUGCAAAAUGUUGAAAUGAAACUCAGCGAACAAAUUAAUUAUUUAACGCAAGUAUCAACAGGUCAGCCUCAUGAAGGUUCUGGAUACGCUUCCGCGAAAGUUCUUCAAAUGGCAUGGCAUCGAAUAUCACACGUACGUUCAAGAGUAAGGGAAUUAGAAGAAACAAAAGCAAAAUAUACACAUGCCGCUAGGCAACAACAACAGCAAAGACAGCAACAGCAUGCUGCCGCUGCAGCCCUGCAACAACAAAUUGCGCAACAACAGUCUCUACAAGAUUCAAAUAUUGGGGCAAGCUCAAAUCAAGGUUCAGGACUAAUGUCACAAAAUAUUGUAAAUAAUCAAGGCGGAGGAAACUAA